GUCUCAGCCUGUCAGUACUCGUGUUGCAGAAAGCAGCUCUGUUUCUUGAGUGAGUCAACUUCAGCUAAGGGGAAGAGCUGCAGAUAGGAGGGGGACUUGGCUUGGAGUAGCACACAGACAACAGUUUCAAGGAGCUGACGCUUAGACAGCCAGUGUAAGCGUGAGAGAAUCGGCAGAAACACUUAACAAACCGCAAGUGCUGAGUGGGUCUGCACAGUCCUGACAAUGUAAGUCAGUUUGAAACAGGCUGGACUGAGGUGAUUGCCAGCAAAAGAAAAACUGUCAGCAGAUGCUCUAACCCGAGUUGAUCACAACUGACGACUGCAUUUCACCUCAGCUUAGUUUCCCAGGACCGAUUGUCGGACUUUGUAUUUUGUUUGUUUAUUUUUUACAGACUUACUCUGCAACCGUCUUCCUUGGCUGAGGUUGGCUUGUUUUAUGCAGUUUCUCUUCCUUCAUCCCUUAGAUGCAUUACCUGCUCCCCUACUAAGUGUUGAUUCAACAUUUCUCUUCAAGUGGGAAGUCAAGCAGUAAAUGUCCUAUAUAUUUAUCCCUGUGACCACUGCAGUCCAACAUUCCUAAAAGUGACAGUGCAAAACAGCUGUAAAAGAAAAAAAGGACCUUUUUUUGUGGAACUGACAGCCACAAUGUUGUGGGUUUUGACAUUUGCACUUCUACAGGGCAUUGUUACAGCAGCUCCUCCUCCAAUAAACAAAUUGGCCCUUUUUCCAGACAAGAAUGCCUGGUGCGAGGCAAAGAACAUCACUCAGAUAGUUGGGCAUAGUGGUUGUGAGUCAAAGUCAAUACAGAACAGAGCUUGUCUAGGGCAGUGUUUCAGCUACAGUGUGCCAAAUACCUUUCCACAAUCCACAGAAUCCCUUGUUCACUGUGAUUCCUGCAUGCCAGUAGACCCAACAUGGGAUAUAGUAACACUAGAAUGUCCUGGAAAUGAGGAAAUGCCCAGAGUAGAUAAACUGGUUGAAAGGAUUGAACAUUGUAGCUGCCAGGCUUGUGGCAAGGAACAGAGUCAAGACUCAUCACUGUUCACUGGAUUCCUAAAUGUGGAUGAUUCCCUAAUAGCUGAUGGCCUGGAUACCCAUCAUUAUAUAAGGCAUGAGGAGGAACCAGUGGUCAUCAGCCAGCCCGAAGAGGAUGCAGAGGAAUGAAGGACUGUGCUGUACUGGUUGUAAAUCAUUCACAGAGCUCAGCAUUUUAAACACAAUGCUUAGCAUACAAUUCCCUAGGUCACCCUACCAUUUUUUUACAAAAUACAGUAACCACUGAAGCAGCCUUUGUAGGAUAAAAUGUGUUUUUUAAGAAAUCACAGAAUAGGAGUGACACAGCAUUUUGCAAUAAUAAUAUUGUAUGAUGAACUGGAAGAUGGUGUUAGGCUAACUGCAUCUCACUUCUGCAGUGGACUUUUUAAUACAAGUUUCUUUUUUUCGUGUAAAAGAUGGCACUUGCAGAAAGAGGUGAACUUGCACAUUACACUUUUUGGUACUACACUUUUCAUUUUCAAGAAUCUUUUGUAUUGUUUACUUCUUUUGAAUACACUUAUGUUGCUUAGUAAGCAAAGAGAAGAACUGACUCCCAUCCUAUUAAAAUUUGUACUGUCAUUUCUGUACACAGUGGAGCCCAGCUCAGAAUGCCUGUGGUUGCCUUUGUAUAAAUGCUUGUGUUGGUCGCAUUUAGUUUAUGAAUAUGUGACAAAGUAAUGGAUCAUUCUGGGUCAUCUAGUGUGUAACUAUCAGCAUCUGUAGCAAGGAUCUUCUAUGUACAAUUAAAUAUUUUAGUUUAAAUACAACUUAGUUCAAGUCUUUUCACAUACAUCUGAUGGAAAAUCUCUGUGUAUACGAAUGAUUUUAUAGGUGAUAUCAAGGGUAAUUUCUGAUGGUGACUCUGCAGUACAUCUAGUUGCUGAUUAAUAAUAAAAAAACAACUGUAAGCUUCAUUGUUUUCAGAUCAGCCUUGAAACACAUGGCCAAAGACAGCAGCUUUGAGGUAUUAACUAAAUUCAAGUCAUAGCAGUGUUGUUAACAUAAAAGGAUCUCAGUACUAGUAACUGGUAUCAGGAGAUGAGUUUAGCAGAGUAAAAGAAAAUAUAGCUUAUUUUGCAAUGCGUAUUCCAGCUUCAUAUCUUUAUGAACCCUGAAACUAUGUAUAUACUAUGAUUCUCUCCCAUAACAGUGGAGAAUGAGGCACAUGCAACAAUUUAGUUUCUUUUAUAGUUACACAUUCCACAGUGUAUGCAUCUACAUAUUUCUCAGUGUUUUAAUAAAUUAAAAUCAUUUUGGUGACUUCAAAAUAUACUGUAGCUGUCACAGACAGUUUUGUGUUAAAUGCAUGAGAGUAAAGUACUUUUUACAUUUGAAGAAUAAUGUCAUAAACCUUGAACAUUUGUACUUUCUGUUGUUAGGCUGGAUUUAUAAAACAAAAUUAUAUUACAUCAGCUUUGAUCUUAGUUUCAACAGUAUGUCAUGACCAGCAGUUCCUCAGAUUGUAUGCUGCAUUCCUUAAUGCAGAACUUUUAGUGACAAUACUGCAUUUAUGUAUAGUUAUAGAACUGUACAACUGAAUGUGGUUACCCACUUCAUCUGGUGCUUAUAAAUGUUUUAUAGACUGUUAUAGAAUAUUCAGUCUUGUACUCCUGAAAUGAUUACAGAUAUGUUUUUAGUUCUAGUAGACCUUAUUGUACAGAGCAUGUCAUCUGAAUAAAACGUUUACAUUGCAGGCAGUGUUGUCAUGACAGCACAGACACUAGUGGUACCACCUCCGUCAGUUUGAGGGAGCUGCAGCUACUCUAUUAUUAUUAUUUUUUACUUUGUUAUGUAUAAUAUGAUUACUGAAUGCCCAGGGCUGGGAUUAUUAUAUGUAAUUUGGAUCUAACUAAUGACUACCAAGGUACUUCAGAAUCCAUAUGCUAAUUGCACGGCCUUAGAGGGGUUUGGUUGUGGUAAAUGAAAAUUUGCAAAGAACUAGUUUAUAUUUCUAAGUUUCAAUGGUUGUGUUGUACUUGUAUUAAUCAAUUUGCUAUGGGCUCAGUCCUGUCUUGCACUAAAAUGUCUGUAGAAUCUUUGACAAAAGCUCCAAGAGUUUAUAAUCUGAUGUAGACAUUUGUUAUACAUAUUUUUUCAAUAAAUAUUUUUAACAGUUUAUAAUAGCA